UCGACUAGUCACGUGUUACAGGUAAAAUAUGCAAAUUAGCUCAGGUGGACUUCAAAAGCGCCACCAAGGUAAACUUUUCGUGACAUCCGCCAAAAUGGCGACAACAAAAUACCUAGCAUUAUUGCUAGGUGUCUGGCUUUCUUUUGAUAAAGGUUUUGCGAUCCAAUGCUACCAAUGUGACAGCUAUGAGAACCCCGACCUCUGCCCCCAGGAGACACCCUUUGAUUCCACAGUCAAUGCCAUGGUCGACUGUAACAGCUUUGAGGCCAACACACCUGGCCAGUUUUGUGUAAAAAUCUAUCAGGAAAGCCCUGGAUAUGGAGCCUGGAUAAAGAUGACGAGACGUUGCGCAUCCAGAACUGACCAGGGUGUGGCAUGGGGCUGCCGCUGGUCUUGGGACAAUGUGGGGGUGUUUAAAAACACUUGUUACUGUGAGACGGAUGGAUGCAAUGGAGCCAGAUCCCUCUCUGUGAAUCUGAUGUUGGCAGCAAUACUUGGCAUCCUCAGUUUAGCAUUGAAAAAAUGGUUGUGAUCAAUGUCCACUACUGUUUGUGUGAUUCAGAAUGAGAGAAUAAGUUGAAAAUCUGCUAUUUAGGAACAAUUUUGAUAUUUGUAAUAAUCACGAAGAAAAAUUCUGAAUGAAGAAGUUGAGUCUGAAACACCUGUAUAAUUUUAAAUAUCUGUUCUACUGGUUCUCAUUGUUCUGUUAUUAUAAUCCAUUGUGGGUGCUAGUAUUGCUGAAGAAUAAUGGGCACAUCUCAGAAGUAUGAAGAUUCCUGUUACAUGCAGUAGGAUAAAUGUGAUGGGCUGAGUGGACAUUUGUGUGUACCAUGGAAGUAAAUGAACAAGUGCAGUAAUAUGAACAUAUGUUUUGCUCUACACGAUUAUAACUAGCUAAAAUGGGAUGACUGUAAGAAAACACUAUCCUUUCGUAAUCAGAUAGAACAAUUCUGGGAGAAAAUACUUUUUACUUAUCUGUGACAUUUAUCAACUAGAAGUACUGUAAUCCUGUCCAUGUCAGAGUUAAAGUUAAAUUAAAAAAAACAGUGUUUUGAGUGAUUGUUGAAAGUGAGAGUAGUAAUUCCAUGUGAUUUUAAGGUCUUUUGGCCUGAAUGUGUGGUUUACCACCAACAUAUCAAAUACAUAUCAAUUGUGUACAUAUCUGUAUUUACAGUAAUAAUUUGCAUAUAUUUUUUAUUUUUAAAUGGAAGUUGAUUAUUUUGUACAUAGUUGUUUUUGUAAAUAAUGACACAACCUUGAAUAUAAUUGGAUACUCAACUCAUGUACAAUUCAAUUUAGACUCUUUGUUGUUUUGGUAGGGUGGGGGAAAUAAGAUACCAAGCAUUCCCAAUAAACAUUCCAUUUUAUAGACAUUUCUGUCCAUUGAAUAUUAAAUUUAUAAUGAAAAUGGUAAAAAGUUAACAUGUUUUAUUUAUUCACUUAUUUAGUCCUUGAGUUUGAUUUUUUAUAUAAACGAAUCUAUUUUUGUGUACAAAUAUAUAUUAUGAACAUUUAUCGAGUUUUACUUACUUGGUGUACAUCAUUGUAAACAUUACUAAGAAACAAUUCUGUCGUGUAUAUUUAGACCUUUCAUAUACUGUAUAUUCACAUUUUCAGUGCAUCAGCCAUAUUUUUAUAAAUAAAUAAAAGAACUGUU